AUGAGUUUAUCACCACAAGAAUUAGCAGAGCAAGCCAAAGCGCGCGGGACGCAGUUCUUUAAAGACCAGAAGUUCGCAGAGGCGAUUACGGAAUACACUGAAGCACUCAAGUACGAUUCAAGCAACGGUGUAUUGUACUCGAAUAGAAGCGCUUGUUACGCUUCGUUGAACGAGUUUGAGAAGGCACUUGAAGACGCUAACAACGCAAUUAAGUACAAACCCGGAUGGGCUAGAGGGUACUCAAGAAAGGCGUUUGCCUUAGUCAAACUCGAGAAGUAUGACGAGGCUGAAAAAGUCUGUGAAGAAGGGUUGAAGAUAGAGCCGGACAAUGAAGCAUUGAAGACAACACAGUCAGAAAUAUUUAAGAUGAAUGCUUCAAAGAAGAUCACCGAGAUGUGGGUCAACUGGAAAGCUAAAUUGGCUGCUAACCCAAAGACUGCUGCUUAUGUCCAAGACCAAACUUUCUGUGAAAAGAUGGAAAGACUCUCAAAGAAUCCCAACGAACUCCAAAAUGAAAUGGGAGACCCCCGAGUCACUGAAGCUUUGAUGGCGUUGAUGGGCAUCGACACAUCCAAUUUUGAACAACACGAACCAACAAACAAGAUGGAAGAAGAACCAAAGAAAGCUGAAGAGCCCAAAAAGGAAGAACCAAAAAAAGAAGAAGUGAAAAUGGAGGAAGAAGAAACUCCAGAGGCAAAAGCAAAGAAAGAGGCGUUAGUGGAAAAGCAAAAAGGCAACGAAUUUUAUAAGAACAAAAAGUUCCAAGAGGCACUGGACUGCUAUUCUAAAGCACUUGAACUUGAUCCAAAGGAACUCACUUACAAACUUAAUAAGACUGCGGCUUACCUUGAGAUGGAGAACUAUGAACAGUGUAUCAAAGAGUGUUUGGAAUUACUCGAUGAGUACAAAGAGCAAAAAGUGUACACUCAAAGUGCGAAGCUCUACAUGAGAAUUGGAAACGCCUUCUACAAGCAGAGCAAAUUCACAGAAGCGCUGGAGUACUACAAGAAGUCAUGCACGGAGAAACGCACAGAAGAGAUUUUGAAUAAGAUCAAAGCGACUGAGAAACAAAAGGAACAGAAGGAAGCGGCGGAGUAUUUCUCAGUAGAGAAAGGUGAAGAAGCAAGAGCUAAGGGGUCUCAGUUCUUCAAAGAACAAAACUUCCCAGAAGCUAUUAAGUGCUAUACUGAUGCUAUCAAGAGAAAUCCUAACGAUCACUUGGCCUAUUCGAAUCGUUGCGCUUCUUACCAGAAGCUUGGCGAACAUCCAUCUGCUGUUAAAGACGCGGAGAUGUGCAUCAAGAUCAAGCCAGACUUUAUCAAAGGGUAUAACAGAAAGGCCUUCUCACAUUACUGUAUGAAGGAAUAUCAUAAGGCUAUGUCCGAGUAUGAGAAUGCACUUAAAAUCGAUCCAAACAAUGCGGAAGCCCUUUCUGGCGUUCAGACCGUCCAAGGCGCAGUCAUGGGCAACGACUCAAAAAUGAGUGACGAGGAAAGAAUGAGCCGCGCAAUGGCAGACCCAGAAAUCCGGAACAUCUUGAAUGACCCACUCAUGAGAAAGGUUCUCGACGAUUUCCAGAACAACCCAGCCGCCGCACAAGACCAUUUGAAGGAUCCAGAGAUUAUGAAAAGACUCCAAAAACUGAUGGAGGCUGGUAUAUUAAAAAUGAGAUAA